AUGGAGAUGGACGACGCUCCGCCAGACGACACCGAGUAUCCUCCCACCUACUUUGCGCAUCCGGAGCACCGCCAGCUCAUGCUUGCCCACAUUGCACUCAUGACACUGGCCUGGGUGAUGUUGCUGCCCGUUGCCGUCUUCUUGUCGCUGGCCAAGUCCCGCUACGUCCUGCCCGCGCAGUUUGUCUUCCUGGGCACCAAUGCGCUGGGCCUGAUCCUGGGCACCAUCUACAACGCCUCGACGCCGGAUCUGUUCCCAAACAACGCCCACCACCGCAUUGGCUGGAUCAUUACCUGGGUCAUCUCGGCGCAGGUCGUGGUCAGCCUGCUCCGGCGCGUGGGCGGGGCCCUCAAGGGCGCCGACAGCGAGCUAGCCGAAGAGCGCCGCUCCUUCAUCCCGCUGCCCACAGACGCCCCGGAGGCUAGGGGCACCUACUACGGCGAUCGCCUGUCCAACGACAGCGGCCAGGGCUCUGAGCCGACCACCGAGUCUCUGCGCAGCAACUCCAUCUCGACGCUCGGCGACCAUGAGCACCAGCCCAUGUCCACGUUCAACAAGGAGCUGGACGAGGAGGAUGAUUUCGAUGGCCCGAUCAUGCCCAUGCCCGAGGCGAAGCCGCAGAGCAAGACGACGUUGAUGGCAAUCAAGGUCUUGUCUUCCAAGGUCUGGAAGUACAUCGACUUUGGAUACAAGGUCGUGGACCGCAUCAUUCUGCCCUUUGGCUUUAUCGCGUAUACUUCUGGAAUUGCCACCUAUGGACGACUUUUUGAGGGCUCUGCGAUUUUCAGUGGACUUGCUCACUGGAUCAAGGGAGGCAUCUUCUUCUGGAUGGGUCUCCUGACUCUGGGUCGCUGGGCGGGAAGCUUCUACGAGUCGGGCUGGUCAUGGAAUCUGCGUCGCCAGAGAAGAGCUGGCCAGCGCUGGGCUCCGUCUGCAGAAUUCGUCGAGAGCGGCCUCAUUACCUUUUACGGCGCCACAAACAUCUUUUUGGAACACCUGGGCAGCCGAGAUGGCGUCUGGAGGCCCAGCGAUCUGGAGCAUCUCUCCAUCACCGUUCUUUUCCUUGGAGGUGGUUCGGCCGGCUUACUUGUUGAAUCCACGCGAAUGAGGGACUUGCUAAACACAAUGGUGACAAUCGACAACCAAGUCGAGCCGUCCGAUGAAGAGCGCGCAACCCUUGAGCCUCCUGCGACUUAUGAGUUCUCCAGCAACCCCAUUCCGGCUCUCAUCAUCCUCUUCCUCGGCAUCAUGAUGGGCGGACACACUCAGACUACAGGCACUGGCACCAUGGUUCACAAGCAGUGGGGCGAUUUGCUGUUUGGCGCUGCAUGUGCCCGAAUGCUCACAUAUGUCAUUAUGUGGGUGAAGCCGCCAAAGUCGGUUCACCCAUCGCGACCGCCAACUGAGCUUCUGGCUUCAUUUGGCCUCAUUGCCGGUGGUAUUAUUUUCAUGUAUAGUAGCGCCGAUACCGUCAAAGGCAUGCUCCAUUACAAGAUCGAUGCUAUGCCCCUCUACACGAUAGUGCUGGGCGCGACGGGCUUGUUUAUGGCGUGGGAGCUUCUUGUUCUAGCUCUCAAGGGAUGGGCCGUUCGCAAGGAGCGCAAAUCUCGGACGCCGGCCUAUGCCUAA